AUGACAACAAAAGAAAAUUGGAAACCAAAUUGGCACCGAGGUGGUAAAGCCACAGACGUUACAUGGAUUGGAAAAUACACAAUGGCAUGGUGUUCUGGUUUAUAUAUUAUAUUUUACAAUAUUAAAAAAAAUCAACAAUUUCUACGAUGGUGUUCAAAAUCGUCAAAUGGCGAAGGUGCUUGUUGUAUAUCAAGUCAUCCAACAUUAAGUAUUUUUGCAUAUGCAGAAAAAAUUAUCAAUCCUCGAAUACUUGUCUAUUCAUAUCCAUCGAUGACUAAAAUAACGGAAUGCAAUGAAGCAAAUAGAAUAGGUUAUUUGGCGACAAUAUUUACAGAAGAUUUUCUAAUAUCAUUGGAUACUUAUCCAAAUUUUACUCUCACUAUUUGGUCCUGGAGAACGGGGGAGCAAUUAAAAUCAAUUAGUACCACGAUACAAGAUGACGAGUGUCAGGUAUUACGUAAAAAUUAUCAACAGACAAUUCUUAUUGCUCAAAUGGGUCAAAAUUUGGGAAAAUUGUGUAUAUGGGACGUUGCUGUUGUGGGAAAGAUGAUAAUUUUAAAAGAUUAUAAAAUUGUUUUACCCAAUGAGGCAUUAGUGAGUGACGUGAAUUGGUGUCCAAAUUCUGAUGAUUUACUUGCCAUCACCGAUAGAGAUGGACAUAUUUAUUUGUCAAAUCGAGAUGGCAGUGUUAUUGAACGAAUUGUCCUGUCGCAACAUUGUGGUGUUUGUCCAACAAUUGAACCACCGGCUAUUUGUUGGUUUGCCAAUGGUAUUGUUCUUAAAACAACAUUUUGUCAAAUUCGUUAUUAUAAGAAAAUUAAUGAUUCUGUUUGGCAGAAAAAGUGGUAUGUUAAAACAACAACAAAACCUUGUGUUCUAACUUCGUUGCCAUUUAGAAAUGAUAGAUUAUUUUUUCAUACUUUGGAAGGACACUUGAUGGAAUUAUCUUUUAUCGAUGGUGAAAAUACACCUUUAAUUGAAACAAGAAUUUUUUACGGAGGAUUUGUAAAAUAUGUUGAUUUCAUAUAUCCCUGGGGACAUCAUUUGGUGAUUGUUGAUAAUUUUGUAUCAAUUGCUAUUAUUGAUUCUGAUGGUGGUAUGGAAAUAAGUAGAUUCGAUUUAGAUUUGGAGAAUAUUACUUGUGUUACAUCACAUCCGGAUUAUCCAAUGGUAGUGGUGACAUCUGAAAAUGGAGAAGUAAUUUUGAUAAGUGUACUUGAUCCAUUGAAACCGAGGAUAUUUGCUCGUUUUCAUUUGCAAAAGGAGAAAUUGGAUUUAUUGAAAUUUUCCCAAUCUGGCAGAUUUUUAUUAGUGGGAAAUAAAGAAACUGGAGUUUUAUAUUGUAUCAAAUUGUCUAAAAAAGAAACCUAUUCAAUAAUUGGAGAAUUGUCAGUAAAAAACUUAAUUUCCGAUUUGUUUGCAUUCGAAACAACAAAUUCGUUGAGAGUUUAUCUUCUACAACAAACAGAAGAUAUACCUGCUAGUAAUCAAUUAUUUGUCUACGAAAUUUUCCAAAAUGAAACCAAAUUUAGAAACAGUUUUAAAGUCAUAAACUUUAGGGAUUAUUUUUGUAAUUUGGAGUACGUUCCUGAAAAUCCGUUUCUACUGAUUGGUACACCUUAUCUAACAAAGCAGCUUCAUGUUUUGAAUCUCAAAAAUUGGCAAGAUUUAAGUAUCGACAGUGUAAUGAAUUCUUGUCAUCAGAUGAAACAAAGCUCUGUGUUUUCUGAUCGAAAUUGGAUCACAACUAGUGGAGCCGAUGGACUUGUUAUUGUACGAGAUAAAAUGAUAGAAACUGCAAAAAUAAUUCUAAUGACUCAUCAUAGAAAAGAUUAUGGUGUUACAAAAUCAAUGAUGAAACCUUCUGGUGAUUUAUUAAUAGCCCUAGGAGCUGAUGGUUCACUUGUAGCGUUGAAAUAUUCCGCAAAGGAUUCAAAAGAUAAGGAACAAUUUCAUGAAGUAUUUUACAAUAAUUAUGAGAAUUCGAAAAAUUUUACAGAUUAUCGUUCCUUGGAUUCGGUGAUAUUUGAUAUGCUUUCACGACCUCUUCAGGAAUUUGCACCAUUGGAAGAGCGUCAAAAUCUAACAUGGCGGGAGUGGAUUCAAAAAAAGAUAAUCCAAGAAGAAGAACUUACGUGUGCAAACAAUAGAGCGGCAAUUUUAUCAGAGUUUGAAAAUAUCAAAACUAAAAUCGUGAAAUUAAUAGAUGAAAAUGAGAAAUAUUUGGAUAUUGAAAAAUUACCGAUAUCGGCUUUUGAUUUGGAUAAAGUAUUACGUGAACAAAAGACAAAAACCGCUAAGGAUGAGAGAGAGGACACUCGUUUGGAAUUGGAGUACAAUUGUAAAAAAAUGGAUGAAUUGUCCGAUUGGCUAAAGGCUAAAUAUUGGGAUUCACAGGUGAAUUUGUCAAAAUCGAUAUUUUCCAUUUUUGGUACAACGGAAGUGGAGAAUUACACUAAUGACUCGUUUAAGCCAUAUCACAAGGAACAACAAAGAUGGGCUGUUUUUAAUAAUGAUAUAAUUAAUCAAUUGAGAAAAAAAGAUUCAUUUGCCCCUUGGCGUUUGUAUACUAAAAUGGAGCUCAAUUUAGAAUUGGAAAAAGUUGGAAGACUACCAAUAGAAGAUGAAAAAGAACGAAUGGAUGCUCUUUUAGAAGCUCAUGAUGAAGAGGCUAAAAGUCAAAAAAACAGAGAAUUGGAAAAUCAAUUGGAUAGUGAAGGAUUAACAACUCAUCGUUACGUGGAGCCAUGUAAUCAAAUUUCUCAAUUUGCCUGCUACAGUUAUUCGCAAUAUUAUUUAGAGAGUAUAUUUCAAGAAAUUGAUGCGACAAAAUUACGUGAUUUUUGGAAUAGUCAAUUUGAAGAAAUGUUUGAAAUGAAGGAACGCGAGAUGUCAUUGAUUCGUGAGAGAAUAGAGAAAAUUGAAUAUAUUGACAGUGAAUUGAGAUUAAUGUUUAGUCAAACUGUACCCGUAAUGCCAAAAUAUCCAAAAUGGGAAUUGAAAGAAAAUCCUGAAAAUAUUAUCACUGUUUACGAUUCUGAGGUAUCAGUAAAACCCUAUAUUUCACCAUCGGAACAGGAAAUUUUAGAUCAAAAAUUAGCCGAAGCGGAACAUAUUAGACUUCUUUUGUUGGCUGAUGAUUUUCGUGAGAAGGCACUGAUGAAAAUGAUGGAUGGUGUUUUGGAAGUUCGUUGGGAAGAUAUUAUCAAAAAAGAUAUUCCAAAACCAGCCUGUUUGCUAAAACCUUCUGAUCAGUAUACAAAAGAAGAUAUUCUCACCAUUAAACAAUACGAAAAAGAUGUCGAAAUUUUAAUUCAAGAACGUGAUAAAUAUCGAAGAAUUUUAGAAAUGGAUUUUGUUAAAAUUAACGAAAUACUUUGGGAAGGAAUUGAUAAAUUUAAUUCUCGUUUGGAAGAAGCAUUUCAGCUAAGAAUGAAAGUCGAAUCAGCAAUAAAACAACAAAAUUUAAAAAACGUUCGCUAUUGUUUACGACAUUUACAUCGACUUGAUUUUACAAAAAAAGAAGAUGAAAUUAGGGAUGAAAUUGAGAUUGAACAAAAAUUAUUGACUGAAUUAAAUAAUGAUAUUCAUUUAAUUCAAAAUGAAAUUCAUGAUCUACAGAUUGUUGAAGAUAAUUUUCAUCUUCGUGAGAAAACAAUGGAGAAAAAAUUUAAAUCCGAAUUUCCAGGACUUAAGAAAGGUGUCUUGGAAAAACUGAAAAAUCACUAUAAACGAAGACCUCGUAUAAUUUGGAAAUAUUUCAGUCCUAAUGAUUUUGUCGAUCUUGGAAAUGCCAUUGUCAUGCUGACAAAACUAGUACAAUUAUCCCCUGAGUGUAUGGAUUAUCUGAAGGGUCUCAAUCAUUUGGAUACUAAACCAGGAAGUUUACCAUCUUCAAUAACUGAUAAUCAUUGGGAAACUUUUGUUCAUCUACGGAGACUUAAGAUUGUCAUUGAGAUGAAUAUUAAAGCACAAGAAUUAAAAAUCAGCAGGGCAAAUAAUAUACUAUUGGAUUUUAAUAAAAAAGCAACAAAUUGUCGACUUCAAAUUGAAAAUCUCAAGAAAAAAUUAAAUGCCUCAAAGCAAGAACGAAUUGAUUAUGAAAGUAAUAUUGAAAUACAAUUGGUUUUAAAAAUGGGACAAGUUGAAAUUAAAUCACAAUUAACGAGUCAAGAUACAAUGAAUAGUGUUUUAAUUCCAAGAUCAGAGAUUUUGAUGGUGAAUGAAAAAAUUUUAGAAAUUGGAACACAAAAGUUGAAUGCAAUUAAACGAACAUUGAAUUUUAAAAGGGGUAUUUCACUUAAAGAAUGGGAGCAUAAAUGUUUAAAAAUGAAAAUUGACGAUUUAAAAGAAGAAUUACAUUCAAUUGAACGAAUUCAAGUUACCAAACAAAUUCAAUUGUUUCUCAAGCGUAAGGCAAGGGGUUUUCCCGAUGAUAAGACACCACAAAAUUUAGAGAGACAAUUGGAAGUCACGAGACGAGCUUCGGAAAAAGUUUUAAACGAUUGGAUUAUAAAAUUGAAGGAUGUUGAGAAACGAAUAGAACAGGUGCAAAUGAAGAAUGAAACGCUCGAUAGUAUGAUUAUGAAAAUGAAUGUGGUUAGAUGUGAGAUGGAGAUGAAACGAGAUCUUAUCGGUGAAGCUAAGCAUCGAGAAGUGUUGGACAAAAAGAUGACGAUAUUUAUGAAAAGAUCAAAUCUCAUUCAAAAAUUACAAGAUGGUUAUGUUGAAUAUUUGUCACUUCAAAAGGAACAAGAGUCGUUGAGAAUGAAACAAUUUCCUGAACUUAUUUGUAAAGCAUUUGAUAAUAAUGAAAAUGUUGAUAAAGUGUGA